AUAAUAAAAUUAAAAGAAAAAGAAAAAGACUGCAGCGACACGAGUAGAGAAGGAGAGCGAACCCAGGAGUCGGGAGCGGCUAGAGCCAGAAGCCAAGAGCGGAGCCCCCUGCGCGCGAAUGAACGAUUCAAUGUUGACAUAACGGUUCCGAGAAACUGCAGCCGUCUGAUCGCCCCCUCACCCCCUCCCUCUCCAGUCUCCCCUCUUGUUUUCGACUAUUCUCUCUCUAUUGGAUGAUAACUCCAAACCCUUUUGUUUUCUUUCUUUCUCUCGCCCUUUCUUUAUUACCAAUUAUCUUUGGUCGCCUAGCCGCCUUCCCGCUUUUCUCUGCCCCCUUUCCUUACCUUCGUUUCCUUCUGUAUAUGCCUUCGAGAACAAUCCACUCUUCCGGCUUCUUUCAAGGAAGAUGUUUGCUGUCUGAUCAACGGAGAAAGCGAUUGAACGGUGCUAGCAUUGCUGGCCGCAAUUCUUGGGACCAAUACAGAACCAAAAAGAAAAAACUAGAGUCACUGCAAAAUGAUUGGAACACUAAAUCUUGUAUUUCCCUUGAGUGGGAUGGGAACCAAAACAAGGUUGUUGCCAAAAGGGAUCAAAUUGGGUUAAGUCGGAGGCAUUUGAGGCCAUUUAUUGAAUCCACACUACAUUUCAACAGAGUUUUGGCAGAUGUUUUGACUCUUCCUCAUGAAACUUUUCACUUGGAGAACUUGACAGAGGUGCUUUCUUAUGAGGUUUGGCGCACUCAUCUGUCUGAAAAUGAGAGAAAUCUUCUGAUUCAGUUUCUUCCUAUGGGAAUAGACAAAGAGCAGGUUCUGCAAGCAUUGCUUGCUGGGGAUAACUUUCACUUUGGAAAUCCUUUUCUCAAAUGGGGUACAUCACUUUGUUUGGGUCAUCUUCACCCUGAUGCAGUUAUUCAAGAGGAACAACGUUCAAAGGCCGAGAAAAAAGCAUACUACUUAGAGUUACAGGACUACCAUAAUGAUAUUAUAGAUUAUUUGCAGAAACUGAAGGAGAAAUGGGAGAGCUGCAAAAACCUAGAAGAAGAAAUUGUGCAGAAGUUAUGGAGGUCAAGAAGGGUUGGUGAGAAAAGGGCUUUCUCACAUUCGAAUGAAUCAAGGCUUGGCAAUGUUGACCAGGAUGUUACAGCUACUUCUGAAUCUUGUUCUUGGGUUGCAGAUGAGAAAGCAUGCAGUAGUGAUAACCAGAAUUCUUCUGUUGUGAAGGGUGGAGAAAUACAAAGAAGAAUGUACGAGAAUGGCUUCACCAAAGAUAGAAUUAUCUUGAAUGCUUCAGAUGAUGUGCUGACUGUGGAAGCGAGGUCCAAGAAGGGUGACAAGCUACACAAGCGCAAUAUUCAGCAGAGUGAUGGUGCCAAGUAUAUGUCAUAUUUUAAGAUAAGCAAGAAGCAACAUGAACUUAUUAAGAAUAUGAAGCAGUCUGGUAGAAGCAUUCAGUCUAGGUCUCUCAUCCGUGUAUUGGGUGACAUUAAUAGCUUGCAUGUGCAACCAUAUGAAGUAUUCAUGGAAGAAGAACAGAGGAAGUUGCGUGAACAUUGUAGGCUGAGAUUGGCAAAGGAAGAUCUCCCUGCAGCAUAUGCAAACUGGAGAGGAAUACAGUUACAGAAAUGGGAAAUAACAAAGUCAUUGGAGCAAGAUAUGAAAGAAAAACUAAAUCUGGUGCUGGAGGAUGAUGAGGAGGAAGAUACUGGAAAGCUACACUGUCAGGAUGACAAUGUUGGUACAAACUUGGCUUUUCUAGAUGUAGAGAAAGAUCCCAAGAAGUUGCUUGAGGAUCAGAAGGAUACUGAAGCAACGGACAGUGAGUCUAGCAUGGAAGAGAGGGAGUCAGUUCUGGCUUUUCCACAGAAUCAGUCCCCGCAGCAGAUUUGUUCUAUUAAUAGUGGCCAUACAUGCCACCAUGUGGAUAUGGAGUCUGAAAACAAUGAGAAUCUCUCAAAAUCAGAUGAUAGUUCUUCAGAUGUAUCUGAGUGCUUAGAGAAUUUGAACACUGCAGAUGCAACAGUUUGUCAGGACAAUCCUGUCCCUUCUGCAGAAAAUGUCUGGCCAGCAGAUAGUAUGCCACAAUCUUACCGUGAUUCUACUGCUGGCCACGAAUACACAUCUGCUAGUGGAUUGCCACUUUCUCAUCAAGCCAAUGAAGACCACCAGAAUGAAAUGAUUGAUCUGGAACCAGACUUGCAUGAAGAAAGUAAUGGGAAGGUUUUGUUGCAUGGACAUUCUGAAGAUGGUUCCUUUAGUUCUUAUGCUAACCAAGACCAAAAUGAGCUGCUUCAAUCUUUCUUCAAGGAUCAGGGAAUGUUGUCGUAUCAUAGUGAGCAGAAACAGACAGGGCCAGAUUUCCAGCCCCCAAAAAAUCUGUUGAUGGAAGAUGGGCAUUUUAAUGGGCAAUUUCAGGAGCUGUUGCAGUCCUCACUGCCAUUAGAGGAGGGGCAAAAGAGGCAGAAUGAGGUUUAUAUGCAACAAAACAUGUCAGAAAACAUUUAUUCUGAUGGGGUUAGAUACUUGACACCAAGGCAAGAACACUUGCCUUCAGGACAUAUGCAGGAUUGGGCUGUCGAUCCCGCCUGCAUGUCAGCGCCCUUCCAACAUCAGUUGAAUAGCGGAGAAUUGUUGAGUCAAAACUGGUUUGCUGGAGAGCAUCAAGUUCAAGUCCGUGGUGCAUGGGCUGGUUCUGAUGGAUUUACUGGCCCAAGUCGGAGUAUUGGAAGUGGAAGCAAUGUAGAUCAGAGCCUAUUUAGUGUUCUAUCUCAAUGUAACCAACUUCAUUCAAGCAGCCCUUAUGAAUCAAUGGUGUCUACCGAGCAGUUCAUACCGCAGAGGAACAAUGGAAUUAAGAGUGGAGGCACUACUGGAAUAAUUGGAAAUAGUUUACAGCAAGCUGCUUAUCCACUUGAUUAUAUAGGUGGUCGUGAUGCAACUACCUCACUGAUGGCUGAUGAUAUGGGAUGGAUGAGCUUGGCACAUCAAAGUUCUGCUUUGCAUGAUCCAAUGGGGAAACCAUAUUUGAGGUCAUGGAAUCAAUAAGGGGCUCCUCUUUUUUUUUUUUUUUUGGAUAGUGGAAUUAAUUGAAGGUUUAAAGUUUACUGGUCAAGAGCUGGCUUGGAGGAUUGGAAGAUAUGCGGAAGGCAAACUGCAUCUGAUAGGGGUUUGUUUCUUAUAUAGUAUUAUUUUUAGAGGAAUGGUAGAAGAGACUUCUAGGUUAUUACUGCAGAUUUGCAGUAGAGGAGUAUACAAAGACUCAGAUAGGUUUUUGUACAUACCUAUACAAAGAGCCAACCGAACUCAACACCUUUGUAUAUGCGUAGAUGUUGGUGGGCUGGUGGGAGGUAAGUUGCCCUGGCAUUUCAUAUUUGGUAGAUUUACAUAUCACAGGACUCUCGUGGGGAUUUUUU